AAGCACAUGCUGGUAGAGGGAUAGGUAUGGCAUAGGAAGGAGUCCAGAGUUGGGCAUUUGGGAAUUAUCCCUGGACUCUCAUCGGUCUUUUAGAUUUUACUUUCUACCUGGUUUUAACCCGUGAUCGGUUUCCUCUGACAUACUACAGUUUGAACAUACAACGCCUCUUCUAACAUCUCACAGGAAGCUAGUACAGGCAGAACUAAAACGGAAGUGGAGAUUAGCACCACCACAGACUUUGUAAGAUGUACUUAGCUACAGAAAAUAGCAAGAAUUGUACCAAAAGAAGCAUGGACUGCAAAAUAUGCCACGGCCAAUCAGAUAGUGCUGCCCAAAACAAAAGGCCAAAGGUGACAGAGGUGACACAUAAAGGGGACCUUUCAUCAUCAAAAGAUUUCCACCUUACAGAUAGACAUCAUUACCAGAAAGCAGCUCCUCCCUGCACACUUCAUCUUGUGGUUGAAAAGCUCGGCCCCCAAACCACAGGAGAGUCAGAUAGCAGCAUGGUGCAGAAUGAGGACUUUUUACUGAGGGGGGAAGCUGCACCCUGGGAGAAAAGUUCACGGUUAUUGGGGCAAGGAAACCGCAUGUAGUAACACGGAUUAGACCAUCUUCAGCACAUUCGUCUCAGGACUUCAAAGGUGGCACCAUGGGCGACAGUGCAAAGAAAUCCAACGCCAAAAAAUUCAAACUAUUUAAAUUAAGUGUGUUUGGAAGCCUGAGUAACCUUCCUCGGGCUUUCCGUAGACGGGAAUCUCAAGAUACAAAUCUGAGCAGUAAUGCCAGCUUCAUCAACAUUCUGGAGACGACUCAGGAUGACCUCACCUCCAUACCCAAGAGUCCUUCCUAUGCUCGGUCUAGUGACAUGUACAGCCAUAUGGGAACAAUGCCUAGAUCCAACAAGAGAACCAAAUCCAAGAAAGAGAAAAGCAAGGGCGUGCCUUCUGCCAUGAUGUCACAAUCAGCAAGUGACCUAUUAGAUGACGAAUCCAAUGAAAUUAUCGUGGUUCCAUCUGUGAUGGCGGCCAAGAGAGCAAUAACAAAAACACAGAGUUCAAAGCUGAGCGCAACCAAUGUAAACAAUGAUGAGAACGAUCACAAGACGGAGAAUCUAAAACCUGACCCAACCGAAAGCCCAAAUAAUCCUAACUCAAAGACUCUUGUUGGUGACAACCACAAACCAAACUACGUCGAGGCAGAUAAUCCUGGAAAACUAAGUCAAGAGUUGCUUGAGAAGAACUUACAAGAAGAAAACACAGUAAACUGCGACGAAAGCACCUGCACCACCUUGGAUGCUGGAAGCGAGUAUGUCAAGUUCUCAAAGGAAAAGUACAUCUUGGAUACUCCACCAGAGAAGCUGCACAAAGAGUUGGAGGAGGAAUUAAAACUUAACAGCUCAGACUUGCGCAGCCAUGCCUGGUAUCAUGGUCGCAUACCUCGUGAGGUGUCAGAGACUUUGGUCCUUAAAAAUGGGGACUUCCUCAUCAGGGACUCACUGACCAGCCUGGGUGACUACGUCCUGACCUGUCGAUGGAAAAACGAGCCCCUACAUUUCAAGAUCAACAAAGUGAUGGUGAAGACUAGCGACAGCUACACGCGGAUACAAUACCUGUUUGAGCAGGAAAGCUUUGACAAUAUCCCUGCCCUGGUCCGCUCCUAUGUGGGCAGCCGGAAGACUGUGUCAGAUCAGAGCGGGGCACUCAUCUACUGCCCAAUCAACCGCACAUUCCCACUACGAUACCUAGAGGCCAGCUAUGGGCUGGCACCUAGCCGGCAGGGGUCACACAGCCCACAGAAAGGACAUAUGAAGAGAAGAAGCAUUACCAUGACUGAUGGGCUCACCGCAGACAAGAUUACUAAGGCCAACGGGUGCCCAAACAGCACGUCCUCUCCACAUCACAGAGAUAUCAUCAGGAGCUGUGCAGUCAGUGUGGACCAAAUUCAAGACUUGCACUCCCCAAUGUCCCCUAUUUCUGAAACCCCUGGAUCUCCAGCCUAUAGCACAGUUGUCCGGGUGAAGCCCCAAGGAGCUCCGGUAGUUAAUAAUGUGACCCCUGGCUCUCCUGUGCUGAGACGGUCCAGUGAACCCUACGUCUGCCCGGCAAACAACAAAGCUGCUUUAAACAUGGCUGAAAACAACCAUUCUUCACCAAGUCACGGGUACCCACAAAUUUCUCCUUCCCCCUCCAUAAACAGUUAUAGUGACCCGGACAAUGCACAUUACUGCCAGCUUCGCCCAGCUUCCCCAACACAUGACACCCCCAGCAAAACCCUUCCACCCAAGAGCUAUGUCGAAAGGUUAAAAGUGGACGAGGGUGCCCGGGCAGGGGCGAACCGUGGGGUGGAGGACCCCGAAAAGGACAAACUGUGCUUUACUAUCCCUACCGUAGAGGCCAAGUCUUCUUUUAACCCAACAAGUUUCAAGUCCACACUGAUCCCCCCAGACAACAAGCCCCUGGAGAUGUGUAUACUAAAGAAGGUCAAAGAGCUCUUCUCUGAAGUUGAUGCCAAAACCAUUGCCAAACAUAUUACCAAAACCGACUGUGAGGUUGCCAGGAUACUCGGUGUUACCAAGGAGAUGCAGAGGAUCAUGGGAGUCAGCUCAGGCAUGGAGCUCCUAACACUGCCGCAUGGCCGCCAGCUGCGACUUGACCUUCUGGAAAGAUUUCACACCAUGUCUAUCAUGAUCGCUGUGGACAUCCUGGGCUGUACAGGCAGUACGGAGGAAAGAGCCGCUCUGCUUCACAAGACCAUACAACUGGCAGCUGAACUCAAGGGCACUCUGGGAAAUAUGUACAGUUUUGCGGCUGUAAUGAACGCCUUGGAGAUGUCACAGAUCUCAAGACUGGAACAGACAUGGGUUACCCUGAGACAGAGGCACACAGAAGGGGCCAUCUUGUAUGAGAAGAAACUCAAACCAUUUCUGAAGAGCAUGAAUGAGGGCAAAGAGAGCCUCCCAUUGAGCAAUACAACCUUCCCACACAUUAUCCCUCUAAUCACUCUUCUGGAGCGAGAUGUCCCUCUGCUAGACGGAGGAGAACCCUGGGAUUGCAUUGACAGCGGUGUAGAAGUGGUGAUGGCUCACCUGGAAGCAGCCAGAAUGGUGGCACAUCAUGGAGGCCUUUACCGGACCAACGCUGAGAUGAGGCUACAGGGUUUCCACCCCAGAUCGGAUCUUCAGGAGGUCUCCAGCACGGAGUUCCAAAUGCGAAUGCUGUGGGGCAGCCGAGGAGCAGCGGGCAGCCAAUCCGAAAGAUUUGACAAAUUUGACAAAGUCCUGACCGCGUUGUCACACAAACUGGAGCCUUCGGUACGCUCCAGCGAAUUAUAACACAGCACCUGGAUGGAGGUGGAGAAUGAAACUCUGUAACAGAAGGACAUCUAAGGGAUAAACACGCCCAAAGCAAUGCAUCUCAGAGACUUCUUUGAGCAAAACAAAAUAGCACUUUUCAGUGGCUUCCAUCAUGGGGGCUUAUAUUUGUAGCAGUGCAUGCUGAAUCUUAUCAAAUUCCAGAAAAAAAAUGGCUGCACUGUAUGUAUUCAUUUAAGGAUAAUUAUAUGUGGGUUAGCCCUGACCAAUAUUUUACAUUUUUUAUUAUAAAUCUGGAUGUUUGGCCACUUCGGGGAUCUGAUGUAAGACUGGAGGUUAGCCCUGGACAAGUGCAAUGUCUCAUUGUACAUAGUACUAUAAUGUCCAGUGCCGGGACAAGGUUAUCCAGCACCCAGGACAAAGAUGCCAAACUGCACCCCCCCCCCCCCAUUCCCUUAGAGUUAGAGUCAGAACGUCCCCAUCCCUGCAAUAAACCAUUGCGCCCAGGGCAGCUGUCCCUCCUGCCCACCUCUUGUCCCGGCCCUGAUAAUGUCAUAGAG